CGGGCAGCGCCGCUGUCGCCCCGGCACUGAGCGCUCGCUCGCACCGGCGGCGGCAGCAGCCCCCGCCCGCCCCGGAGGUGCCGAGAAUUUUAGAGCUGCCCCCUUAUUUUCGUCCUCUUCAGUGGAGAAAUGAAAAGGCCUGUGUGCACUUCACAGGAAAUGAGUGUCUGAUACAGGCUUGCAGGCUGCACAUUUCCAAGAACUGCUCUCAAGGAUGGAUCUGCUUUGCAAAAACUGAAGUGCUGCAUCGAAGCUCUUGAAUUUGGACCAUUUCCAGGCCUGACGUCCAGAAACGCAUCCCUAUGGGUGGUAAAUUUAAAGAGGCUGGAUGCAAAGGAGGAAGCAUGGUAAAGGCAGCAUCUUUCCAGGAUCCAUGGGCUCUUUGAGAGAUGAUCAGAGGGAGGCCAGAUGAUCUGCACAACACGCACACCACUGUUUCUCGUCCGCAAAGGCAGCAUCGGAGUGUUCUCCCCAGCCCCGUGCCCCCCGGCUUGCCCGAUCGUUUCCGGAUGUUUCGCAGCUGCGAGUGGGAGGUCCUGGAGCGAUCCCUCAAUAUCCUCCAGGCCAGCGACUUCUACUGGGGCCCCUUGUCCGUGGGGGAGGCUCACGCCAAGCUCCAGCGGGAACCCGUUGGCACCUACUUGGUGCGGGACAGCUCGCAGGGGAACUGCUUGUUCAGCCUGAGCGUGCGGAUGCCCACGGGGCCUGUCAGCCUUCGGAUCUCUUUCCAGGAGGGCUAUUUCCGCCUGAAGAACUGGUUUUCAGACUGUGUGGUCCGGCUACUGGAGCUGGUAGUGGCAGGGACCCGGAACAAUCCCUUGCACUUUGAUGAGAUGGGAGGAACCCCCCUGGUCUUCUCUGAGCCCCUGUGCCGGAGUCGCCGGGCAGUGCCCACGCUGCGAGAACUGUGCCGCCGGAGCCUGCCCGCUGGUGCUGCAACGGGGGAUGAAGCAGGGCUGGGGGGCUCCUCUGGGAUUCACCCGAGGGAGGAGGUGGUCUCACCCCUAGGCGAAAGGGGAGGGUCGGAGGGGAGCAUCGUUCGCGGUCCCUCUCCGUCCUGGGCUGGGAGAUGAUGCCAUGCGAAUGGGAGAUGAAGAGAGGUGACUUUUACGUGGCCGUGCUGGUGGGACACACACCACGCUGGUG